CCAUCACUAUUCACAAACCAAUGCACAUACUAUGAAUAGAAACUUAUAAUUUAUUUUUUUCUAAGUUCAUAGCCAUCAUUACUGUCAUGUUGAACUCAGUUAUAGCAUUUUUUUUUCAAUUACAGAAACCUUUCUUUCCCCCAUCGUUGCAUCUAAACUAAGCCACAGCUCCACUAAUGGGAACAGUUAAAGCAAAUGAGUCAUUUUCCCACACAGAGUUUAUCCUCUUUGGAUUCCCUGGGAUCUCCCAGUCCAGACAUUGGUUGUUCUUCCCAUUUUUCUUUAUUUACCUGGAGAUUCUGGUGGGAAACUUUCUGAUCAUCUAUCGGAUCUGGGUAGAAAAGAGUCUUCACUUCCCCAUGUACUCACUUAUCUGUCUUCUAUUUGCCGUCAACAUCUCCUGCACAACUGCAAUUGUACCCAACAUGUUAAUGGGAUUGGCAUUUGGGCUAGAUCAUAUUUCCCUUGGCUCCUGCCUGUUUCAGAUGUUCUUUAUAUACACAGCUGUGAUACUUGAGUCAACUGUGUUGAUGAUCAUGGCUUUAGACAGGUAUCUGGCCAUUUGCAGGCCCCUAAGGUAUCACAAUAUAAUGAACACUCAUUUGGUAGGUCAACUUUUCCUUAUUGGUUUAGUUCAGAGCAGCAUUUUCUCCUCUCCAAUUAUCAUUGUGGUCUCCCAAGUCCACUUCUGCAGAUCCAACAUCAUCUGGAAUUUUGCUUGUGAGAACAUGGUGCUCUUGAACCUUGCCUGUGGAGACAUCUCUAAAAUCCAAGUGGUGGGAAUGAUGGUGAGGAUCCUGGUUACAGCCACAGGCAUCAGCCUUCUCCUGGUUUCAUACCUGUACAUCUUCCACUCAACAAUGAAGAUCGCUAGAGGCAAAGCCUUACACAAAACUCUGCACACUUGCAGUACUCACUUGAUAGUGGUUGUGUUGAACUACAGUUGUGGCUUAUCAUCCUCUAUUUUAUACAGGAUACCCAUUUCAGUCGAUGUCCAAAAUCUUUUCAGUGCAAUAUACUAUCUGCUUCCAGCCACUGUUCACCCAUUCAUAUAUGGUUACAGAAUGAAAGAGAUAAGAAUGUGCUUAUUAAAGUCAUGGAAAAUUCUCUAGUAAUUUAAAUAUAUAAUAUAUAUAGUGAAUAAAGUACCCCCUCUUGUAAAA